AUGGCAAACGCAGUUUUCUCUCCCCGCGAUCCAGCCUCGCCUCUAUCGAUCUCACCUCAUGAAACGGCUAUGUUGCUCAUGGACUAUCAAAACAUGGUCCUCGCGAGGAUUGGAGACGCGGUGGCGACCAGUGUCGUGAGCAUUGCAUCGCAAAUGCGCGACUGGGCACUCGACAAAGGAAUGACCGUCUUCCACUGCCUCAUCGACGCCUCGCCCAGCGCAAAGCCCCCUCCUCAUUCGAGGACUGCGGCCAAAUGGAAGUUGUAUGAAGCCAAAUUUGUUGAAAUGCCCUGGCUGGGUCAUGAAUCGGAGAAACUCGCGGUCAGAAAACACCUCAGUCCGGAGCUCACGGUCCUGAGAACACCGGGCUCCAUCUCCGCCCUUGAAUCGCAUGGACUGUCGGGCAUGCUAAAAGAAAAGGGAAUCAAGUCACUCAUCAUCGGCGGCAUUAGCACUUCUGGCUGCGUCCUGAGCACCGCCCGGGCCGCCACGGAUCGUGGCUAUAUCGUGACUGUGAUGGAAGACGCUUGUUUUGAUCCGGUUUCUGGCUUGCAUGGUAUGCUGGUUUCACAUGUCUUGGGUACAUCCGCACACGUCGCGACCUCGAGGGAGAUCCAGGAUGCAUGGAAGAUUCUGUAA